AAUGCUGUAGUUUCUCUUCUCUUCUCCUUUAGCUUCCAUAGCACUGAGUUCCUUUUUGAUCCUUCAUUCCUUCUCCUCCAUAAACUUCUUCUUCUUCAUGGGAAAUGGUAGUAGAAGAUGGCCGGAUAUGACACUCAUUUGCACUUUUUUCUUCACCGUUACAGUGCUCCUGAUUAUUCCUAAAUCCAGUUCAUUACAGUUCAUUUCAACCAACCAAUCAAUCACAGACGCAGGCAACCAAACUAUAGUUUCGUCACCGGGGAAAUUCAAACUCGGAUUUUUCAGUCCAGAGAAUUCGACAGAUCGUCGUUACGUCGGAGUUUGGUUCAAUAAUGUUACGGCUCCGAUCACGGCCUCGUCGGUAUGGGUAGCUAAUGGAGACAAUCCGCUCAGAGAUACUUCCGGCGUUCUUAAGAUUGCAGAUGACGGGAAUCUUGUAAUAGUGGAUGGACGGAAGAAGGUUAUUUGGAGUAGUAACGUUACUUCCAUGGAUGCUGCUGCUACUAGUUCCAGAGUUGCCGAACUGUUGGACACAGGGAAUCUUGUUCUCCGGGAAACAAUAAAUGGUAGAAACAGGACACUGUGGGAGAGUUUUGCUUAUCCUUCUAACGUAUUCUUACCGAAUAUGAGGUUUGGUGUCAAUACGAAAACACGUGAAAAACUGGUGAUAACUUCCUGGAAAGACACAGAAAAUGAUCCGUCGACAGGAAACUAUACAUUGGAGUUAGACCCCACGGGCGUUCCUCAGAGUAUCAUCAUGGACAACGCAAACGGGAAUCAACGCCGGCACUGGCGAAGUGGUCCGUGGAACAACCGGAUAUUUAUAGGCAUACCCACCAUGUCUUCUACUUAUCUUAAUGGAUUCAAUAUUCUUACAGAUAAUAACGCAGGAACUGUCUAUCUGACACUAGUGUAUUCAGAAGUAAGGACAAUCUUGCAAAAGUAUACCGUAACUUCUGACGGAAACUUUGUCGAGACUCACUGGAAUGAAACAAAAAAACAAUGGGUUAAGUUUUGGUCUGCCCAGGACACAGAGUGCGACAUGUAUGCUAAAUGCGGUCCGUUUGGUAGCUGUAACGUAUUGGAUUCACCCAUCUGUAGCUGUCUGAGAGGGUUCGUUCCAAAGUCGGUAGACGAAUGGAGUAACGGGAAUUGGACAGGUGGGUGUGUAAGGAGGACGGAAUUGCAGUGUCAGCGAAGCAAAAAUGAAACUACUGGCGCAAGAAACGAAAGUAGUACGGUUUCUGGAGGGAUAGAAGAAGCUGAUGGUUUUCUGACACUGGAAAGGAUGAAGGUGCCUGAUUUUGUAGAGAGGUUGGAAGCUGGAAGCGCAGAAGAGUGCGGGCAAAGAUGUUUGCAAAACUGUUCUUGCUUGGCUUAUGCAUCUGAAAGCAACAUUGGGUGUAUGUGGUGGUCAAGAGAUUUAAUAGAUGUGCAAAAGUUCAGUAACUUCACUCGGUCGCCUGGCGUCAAUCUAUACAUCAAGGUUGCCCAUUCAGAACUCGAUAAGAUUAUUCCUGGUACAAAAAAGAACGUCAGGUUAAGUAUCAUAAUUCCGGUCGUCAUUGCAAUAGUUCUGACCAGCCUCUGCACAUUGUUCUGUUGGAGGCGGAUGGCGAAACAGAGAGCAGCAAAAAACAAGAACGGCACGAGAUUGCCCAUAAUUGAUAGGUACGGGGACACUUCGGAUAAAAACAUGUUCGGUGACAACCCAGAACUUGCAAUGUUUACUUUCGAUACCCUAUCUGUUGCUACGAACAAUUUCAGUUGGGAGGCUGAACUUGGACAUGGUGGUUUUGGUUCAGUCUAUAAGGCGAAGUUGAUGAGUGGACUAGAAGUAGCCGUGAAAAGGCUUUCGCAGAGUUCCGGACAAGGCUUAGAGGAGUUUAAGAAUGAAGUUGUGGUGAUCUCUAAACUUCAACAUAGGAAUUUAGUUCGACUUUUAGGUUGUUGCAUUGAAGGGGAAGAGAAGAUAUUGAUAUAUGAAUAUAUGCCAAACAAAAGCUUGGAUGCAUUUCUCUUCGGUACGAGUUUAUUUUUGUUGUUGAUAAAUUAUAUUUCUUGUAUACUGCUUGAUAUUGUGUCUGGAUCAGAUCCUGCCCAGCGAGCACUGUUAAAUUGGAGGAAGUGUUUCGAAAUUAUCGAGGGGAUAACUCGUGGGAUUCUUUACCUUCAUCGAGAUUCUAGAUUAAGAGUCAUCCAUAGAGAUUUGAAGGCGAGCAACGUGUUGUUGGAUGAAAACUUAUAUCCUAAAAUUUCAGACUUCGGGAUGGCAAGGAUAUUCGGAGGCGAUGAGCUCCAAGCAGAUACUAGAAGGGUUGUUGGCACAUAUGGUUACAUGUCUCCUGAAUAUGCAAUGGAAGGCCGAUUUUCAGAAAAAUCCGAUGUUUUCAGUUUCGGUGUGUUGCUAAUAGAAAUUGUGAGCGGAAAGAAGUGCACAAGUUUUCACCUGCAAGAGUUGUCACUAAGCCUUCUGGGAUAUGCAUGGAAAUUGUGGAACGAAAACAUGGUGCAGAAGCUGAUUGAUCCAACAUUGUUAUCUGAAAAGGCGUACGCGGAAGAAAUACUGAAAUGCAUUCAUGUGGGACUAUUGUGUGUACAAGAAUCUCCCAAGGACAGACCAAACAUGUCUACGGUACUUUCAAUACUUACCAGCGAAACCACAAAUCUUCCGGUUCCAAAGCAACCCGCGUAUGUAGAUAGAGAGGCAUCAUCUAUAUCUUCAGGUUCACUUCAUAAGACUGGCAAUCUGUUUUCUGUAAACCAUGUAACUAUCACAAGCAUUGAUGGCCGUUGAACAAAUUUGCACCAUUUCCUUUCUGUGAAUCAGUCAAGCUAUUUCUUGCAUAUACAUGUAUACUAAGAAACAAUUAACUCAAUGAUUUUCUCUUUGGAAACAGCAAGAGUUGAUAUACAGAUAAAUAGUUGA